AUGACACUUUUCAAUAUCAAUCCGGUUGCUCGGGCAUACAGUCUGAUAACAUUAGGGACUGAAAUGCUAAAUUCUGUCUUCAGUUUCUAUUACGUGAAAUUUUUUAUACAUACAUACCAAGUUCCAGAAGUGGCCUUCUAUCAAUCCCAGAUAAUUUUAAUGAUCUGGAAUGUUCUUAAUGUCCUGACUGGGUAUUUUCACAUCGAAUUUAAGACUGACGCUUUCUUAUGCAGUAAUCUUUCUGUCUUAUAUGGAACUCUUUUAUAUGCAAUGGCCUUCCUGCUUCCUUGGUUCCCUUGGAAAUUCUAUGAAGAAAUUGACUGGCUUAGUGCACUUCACCUGGUGGUAUCAUUAUGUGCUUUUGAUAGCACACUUACUUGUGUGGAGCAAGCCCAGUGCAGAUUCUUUGCAGAAACUGUUACUAGGCAAGAAAGUCAUCUUCAGCUGAUUAAAAUGAAUCGUGUGGCAGCACUAGUAGGAUCUACCAGUGUCCUUUUCUGUGGCCUCAUCUCUAAUAACUUGGAAAUUCUGCCCAAAUUUCAGUCUGUUGCUAUUGUCAUUGCCUUUUUUUCAGCUUGCAGCCUUUACAGUGGCAUGUACUACAUGAGAUAUUUUGAACCUAAAAGAAGCAUCGAGGAAAAUGUUUUCUUGGAAAGUGAACAGGAUCUCACCUGGACCUCUGUCGCCUUAUUUUUGAGACAAAUCUUGUUCCAGAAGAACUUCUUCCUUUUUCUGAUCAUGAGUUUCUUACAAGUCUUCCAUUUAACUUUCUUCAAUAACUGCAUGAUGAUUUUUGCAGAUAAUCUCAUUCCCAGGAAUGUUCUUUCUUCUUCCACAAGGAGCAUCAUGUACGGGGCAGGAUUCAUUUGCCCACAGUGCCUUGUCCUUAUGGGUCAGUCCUGGCUGAAGAAAUUUGGUUACCAUAAGAUUAUCUUAACCUCUUUCUACCUAGAAGGAGUGGUCUCCAUUAUCAUGUUACUUCUGGGACAGGAUUACUAUUACUGUUUGGCUUUUUAUCUCACUAUUAUCAAGGUGAUUGUGCAAGCUUCUUUUUGUUUAUUUAACCUGCCACUAGCUGACCUGAUCCAUGCAGAUUUACUGAAGUUCAAUAGGCAAUUGUCCCUUUGCUCAAUGAUUUUUGGCAUCUAUGCUCUGUUUACCAAGCCUGCUCAGUCUUUAGCUCCAAUGGGGGUGCUGUGUAAGCUAAAGCAGCAUGAAUAUGGGGACCCAAAUAGCAGUGCAUCUAUAGAUCAUCAAGAUCAUAUAUUUUAUUUGGUUUGCCUGGUUCCGCUGGGCAUUGCAAUAAUUCAGAUUCUAGUUUGGAGUCCAUUUUCGAUCAGGACCAACACAGACUACACAGGAACUCUUUAA